CUUUCGAACUCGAAUCUUCACUUUGAAUUUUUCUGCGGAGGACACUGGGAUGGUUGCAACACUUUUGGAGGAGGCAAAGGAGCCAAAUAUUUUCUUGAUCCAGGGAAGGCAGAGGAACACUAUCAGCAUUUCUGUAGCUCUUGAUUUAUCAAGAGGCUCCGGUACUUUGGAGUGUUAUCUGCUCUCUCAGAUUGACCUGUUGGAAUUGCCCGAGCCUUAGCUUAAAAACGUUUUGGCUAUCUAUGCAGAAAGGAGCCUGUGUUGUGUUAUGAAGGGGAACUGGUUGAACUGAGGGAAGUACAAAAUGGCCGCUGAACAAGGUGGGGUGGCCUCUGUGGGCCUUGAGGCCAUAGUAGAGAAGGGAGUGAAAAUGGAAGAUCCAGACCCUACUGCCCCCGCACCAUCUGAGGGGCCAAGAAGAUCCAGGAAGUCCCCUCAUGUUUCCCAGGCUGGAACCAUUGGGGAUUGCCUGAGUUGGGUAACAUCAACGCAGGCCGAACAGGAGACAGAUGACAGGUUGUUGUCACAGUGCUGGGAAGCUCAGUGGCAGGAAUUUCUGAAGACGGUCCAGUCUCCUUAUUCAGGGUGGAGCCACACAAGGCUUUCAGGGGCCACCUUCCUGGUUCCCCCUGAAUCAUCCACUGGCAUCUGCCAUGGGUCCACACAGGAGAUGGCAAGUGGGCUUCUUUUUGGCCUGAGAGAAGGAGCCCCGAAGACCAAUACAGCUGGAAGGAAAGCAGACGAUGGGGAUGUGAAGGGAGAGACCCCAGGUGACCAGGCCAUCAGUACAGAGAUGCGGCGCCAGCGCUUCCGGUGGUUCUGCUACCAGGAGGCUGAGGGGCCUCGGGAGGUUUGCUUUCAGCUCCAGGAGCUCUGCCUGAAGUGGCUGAAGCCUGAGAUGCGCACCAAAGAACAGAUUGUGGACCUAAUCCUGUUGGAGCAGUUCCUUGCCAUUUUACCAGAGGAAAUCCAGAGCUGGGUAGGGGAAGGUAGCCCGGAGACCUGUGCCCAAGCCGUGGCUCUGGCAGAAGACUUCCUUCUCCGGCAGCAAGAAGCCGAGCAGUGGAAGCAGGAGGUUCUGGGAGAUUUCGAGGCGGUGGCCAUGAGUUUCUCGAGAGAAGACAAGGCUCUGUCAGGCACAGUGGACAGGCAUCCAUCCUGGGGAAUCAAAUUGGAGGGCCCAGAGGGUGCCAACCUGUUAGCACGUGAUGAGUGGGAGUGUGAGACAGAAAGACCAUCAUUUGAGAUUCCCUUGGAAAGAAUCGAGUCUCGAGAUGUGGCAGAAAAUUUUGGGAACCUGGAGGGACCAAGAUGUGAGGAAGGGAGCCAAACAGACAAGAGAAAGAAUAAGCCCAUCCUUUGUCUGAGUGGCAAUUUGGGCGAUAAUGCAGUCCAACAAAGAAUAUGUGCAGGAAAGAGAAGGCACAUGUGCAAUAUCUGUGGGAAAACUUUUACCCAAAAAUCAAACUUAAAUAGGCACCAGAGAACCCAUAUGGGAGAAAAGAAGUACCACUGUUUAAAAUGUGGGAAAAGUUUUAAUUGGGAAACUAGCUUUAUCAGACACCAGAGUUUCCAUACUGGGGAAAAGCCUUAUCCAUGCACAGACUGUGGAAAGAGCUUUAGUCGGAGUGCAAACCUUAUCAUCCAUCAGAGGAUCCACACAGGGGAGAAACCGCAUUGCUGUGUAGACUGUGGGCAAAGCUUUAGUCAGAUUUCCAAUCUUGUCAGGCACCAGAGGAUCCAUACGGGAGAGAAGCCAUACAAAUGCAUGGAAUGUGAGAAGAGCUUCACUCAAAAAUCAAACCUUAUCAAACAUCAGAGUGUCCACUCAAGCGACAAGCUGUCCAGACGGUCAGCUUGUGGAAAGAAAUUCAAUCAGAGGUCAAACUGCAGCAAACUUGAGAGAAUUCAUGCAGGAGAAAACCCGUGUAAAUGUUUUAAGUGUGGGAAAAUCUUUUCCCGGAGAGGCAACCUUCUCCGACAUCAGAGUAUUCACACAAAAGAUAAACCUCAUAAAUGCUCAGAAUGCGGGAAGAGAUUCAACCAGAGGACAAACCUUAAUGCACAUCAGAGAAUCCACACAGGAGAGAAACCUUAUAAAUGUCCAGACUGUGGGAAAAGCUUCAGGUGGAGAGCACAUCUCAUUAUACACAAGAGGCUGCACACAGGAGAGAAGCCACAUAAAUGUGCAGAAUGUGGGCAGAGCUUCAGCCAGAGAUCUAACCUUGUCAGACACAAUAGAAUCCACACAGGCGAAAAGCCAUAUAAAUGCUCUGACUGUGGGAAGAGCUUUGGUCAGAAAUCCAACCUCAUUAAACACCAGAGGAUUCACACAGGGGAGAAUGUAUUCAAUCGGAGGCCAAAUCGUAUUAGACACGAGAGAGUCCUCCCAGGAGAAAAUCCAUAUAAAUGUUUCAGGUGCAGUAAAAUAUUUUCCCGAAGAGGGAACCUUCUUAGACAUCAGAGCAUCCACACCAGAGAAAAGCCACACAAAUGCUCAGAUUGUGGGAAAAGGUUCAAUCAAAGAACAAACCUCAUUAGCCAUCAGAGAAUCCACACAGGGGAGAAACCUUUCAAAUGCUCAAACUGUGGGAAGAGCUUUCGUCAGAGCCCACACCUUAUUAAGCAUCAGAAGGUGCAUACAGAAGGGAAGGAAACUUAUCAAAAUUCAGAUAAUGGGGAAGGAAUCCAUCAGAUAUCAGUUCACAGUAGAUGUGAGAGAAUCAGUAUAGGAGAAAACCCAUACGAGUGCCUCAGGUGUGGGAAAAUCUUUAACUGGCAAUCCAACUUUAUCAGACAUCAGAAAAUCCAUGCUGGUGAGGAGCCUCAUAAUUGCUCCUCCUGUGGGAAAAAAUUCAAUAGGAGGAAAAACCUGAUUGCUCACCAGAGGAUCCACAUGAGAGAGAAGCCAUAUAAAUGUUCAGACUGUGGGCAAAGCUUCACUUGGGAAGCACACCUUGUCAUCCAUCAAAGAAUCCACACAGGAGAGAAGCCCCAUAAAUGCACUGAGUGUGGGCAGAGCUUCAGUCAGAGGUCUAACCUUAUCCGGCACCAGAGAAUCCACACGGGCGAGAAGCCAUAUAAAUGCUCAGACUGUGGCCAGAGCUUCAGUCAAAGAACACACCUUGUGGUACACCAGAGAAUCCACACAGGGGAGAAGCCCCAUAAAUGCUCCGAGUGCGGUCAAGGCUUCAGUCAAAGGGCACACCUGAUUGUACACCAGCGAAUCCACACGGGGGAGAAGCCUCACAGAUGCACAGAUUGUGGGCAAGGUUUCUGCCAGAGAUCAAACCUCAUCAGACAUCAGAGGACCCAUUCCUGUGAGAAGAAGAAAUAGCCAACGAUACAGGAGAACUUUCUUUUGUAACUCACAGUGUCUCAGUCAGCCAAAGAUACGCAAUGGGAAGAGAAACAAAUGUUUGUAUUACAAGGAAAACAAGUGCAUAUCUUGGUUCUUCUUCAUGAAUGAAUCCACUGAGGACAGGAAUGAAACCAUUUGAAUCCAUUAAUCAAAUGAGACAUUUUAGUACAAACAGGUUGUGUUACUUGUCAUGCCAUCCAGCAGGAAGUUAAUGGUUCAGUGUUGGCUCUGCCCCAGGGAAGGGGAAUCACCUCUGCUGUGGCACCUGUGGCCCAGCUGCUCCCUUCUUACUAGCAGAGGCCUCUGAGGGGAGCCAGCUUUGCCUCAGACAGGAGGGGGACUGGUUCUAAAGUGACACCUCUGCUCCAAUAGCUCCUUUCCAUCCUGGUCUUUAAAAAUGUGACAGUGCCAUGGUGCAUUCCCUAGGAAAGUGCUAGAAUGCACCCUGUUAAAAUUGCUUCUGUUUUCUCCACCAGUUUACUCUCAAUAGUCUCCUCUUCAGUUUGAGCUUCUGGCACUUGUUCCUUGCAUACUGGGUACCUUAUGGGGUUGCCUAUGUCCUUGUUUUUAACCUGUGCCUGCAAUGCCAUCCACCUUCCAACUCUCACCUUCAAUCGCUGCUUUCCAGCAUCUCUUGCAGCCCCUUUCUUAUUUAAGCUUUGUCUCUUCUCCUUUUCCCCCCUCCCUCCCUCCCUCAAAUGCCUUUCCCUUUCCUAAACUAUAACCCUGUAAGCAAGGUUAACCUGCUCGUUAACAGUACCUAGCAAAUUUAGGUGCUUUGUUUUUAAAAAAUGGUAAUAAAGGAAUCUAAAAGCUUAGAAGGGAAGGAAAUGUUCGGCUAGAACCAAAGGAAGGAAAAUCAAAUUAGAGAUCAGUUUCCCCCGCUUCUCCCUGUGAUGUUCACAUAUGAAGCAGUCUGAUAUUGUAUAAGGCUCUUGGCCCACCUAGCCAGGUAUCGCCUCCUCUGACUGGCAGAAGGUAAUCUAUGGCAACCAUUUUGUGGUUGGUUCUGCUUUCUGCAGCAGCCAUUUUGUGGCAGCCAUUUUUGUGACUGCGACCACCACCCUGUGUCAGAAUUCCAAAGGCGCCCACAGGUUCAGAAAGAUUGGGGACCCCUGAAAUACUUGUAAUUAGUGCUGCCAGGGAGUGACAAAAUAAAAUAUUUAACAAGUAAUUAAAUUGUGGGAUUCACUACCACGGGAUGUAGUGGUGGCCAUGAGCAUGGAUAACUUUAACAGGGGGUCAGACAGAUUCAUGGAGGAGAACACACACACACACCACCCACCCAGCCUUGAUUCAAUAUAUUGAUCUCUGUGGCUAAGUACCGUCUUCUCAGACAAGUACUGACCCUUCAGGUUCUCAGAUAAGGAGAUCUUUCCCACUCCCAGUUCCUGAGAUGCUUUUAAAUGAGAUUGAACCAAGGGUCAUCUGUGUAUGAAAUGUAUAUCUUUAAACUUAUUGCCCAUCCAAACUGUAGAAAUAUGACACUACCUUAUAUGGUGUCAGGCAGUUGAUUGUCCAUCUCUCUGGUUGUGGACCUGUAGGGUCUUUUGCUAUUAUCUGGGAUCCCUUUUCUAAUUAACUGGGACCUUCUGUAUGCAGCUCAUCUGCUGUACCCCUUAGCCACAGCCUCUGUAGGCUCAUAAUCUGGUUGUAUGUUCAGAUUGUAGUUGGCUUCACCUCAGGAUGUAACCACGCAGUAGGUCUCUGCUGGUAACCUCACCAAAAUCCUCUCCGCCAGCCUGGCCAGGGAUUGAUCAAGUUUUUUGUAAUUUCAGUUCCUGAACAAAACGCUGUGAUUCUGCUUCCAUUAGACUUUGAAACGUCCCUUAAGAAUAAGAAACUGGAGAUGCUGGGGGCGGAGUGAGCAGAAUGCCCAUUGCACAGACCUAGCUGUGAAAAGGAGGGUUUAAAAUUCAACAAGGACAUGUUGAGCAUUUGAGUCGCAGUUGUCAAAAGCCACUUCCUUUCCCAUUCUGCAGGUAGCAAAGGAUUCUGGGAACUGUAUUUGGACAUAGGCUCAGUUUGUGCAAGCCGAGCCUAAAAGGCCUCACAAGUGGACUUAAAUGAAGAAAGUCUUGUAGCAUCCAAUAAACUGGCAUAAGCUUCCCAUGGCCUUCUAGAGCAAUGAAAUUUUGAUCAGCAAACAGUCCCGGGAACCUGCGAUAUUCUCCCACUGCUUUCUGAAUGUCGACAUUUUUAUGUUUGGUUUGUGUUUGUUGCUGACCUAAAAUCCACCGUUGCUCAAAGGGGAGAAUUUAGCUGGGAUUUUGAAUUCAUCAGAAAGCUUGAUGCUAUCCGGUUUGGGCUCAUUUAUAAUUUUGGGUUCCUCUUUGCUCAAGGGGUUAAAUUAGCUUCUCAAAAGCAGCAAAACCAAACUCCAAAGACAAGGCAGGCGCACUCCUGGUAUGCAGAAGAGUACUUUAACUUAGAGAGAAAACCCUCUAAAAAGUCUUAAUCAGGGCUGAGUGUGCUCCAUGAAAUGGAAAUAGCAGCUCAGUUAAGGGGGGAGAGAAGGGAAGGCAACUCUGUAUGUGAAAUGCAGACCUCUAAGAGGGAGGGAAAAUCACUCCUGAGAUCUUUGGAGGGAUGAUUUCGAGAAACCCUCCUUUCUGCAAUUCUUUGCAUGUCUUGUAUAAAUAUGAACUUUGUUUACAGCUGUCCCAGACUGGACCUCUUACACAUUCAUUGUUUUUCACUCCUCCUCCCUUCUCAGUUUUCUUCCUCAGUGUGUGUGUGCAACCACCUGAGGACAAUACUUCCCGCAACACUGUACAGGCUAAAAUAAGAUGUCUUAGUUUUCUAAGGUGCCACCAGACUGUUUUGGGUUUUUUGCCAAAACAGCCUAACCUGGUGGCCUCCCAGAAAUGGAACUUCCAAUUGCAUCCUGACACCCACGUAACACUCCGUGGAGGAUGACAAUUUGUGGUGGGUCAGUUCUCUGUCAGAGAACUUGUCAGUCACUUCAUCUCAGUGGAAGAGCAAGAUGCAAGUCCAGUGGCACUUUAAAGACCAACAAGGUUUCCAGGGUAUAAGUGUUAAAGAGUUCUACUGGACACAGAUCUUGCUCUUUUACUGCAGACCCACACAGCCACCCACCUGAGCCCAUCUCGGUAGGAAACCUUUAGAAAGCCUCUGAAGAACUCGGUGUUCCCUGAAAAACCAUUUUUCAAACAAGCUGAAGGGGGGGCAACAAUCCAGUAACUGGACAAUGGGCAGAAAUGGGGAACUCACCUCCUGAAUUGAGGCAGAGACCCUACUUUGAAGCUUCUUGAAUGUACUGUGAUAUACCUGAAUAAACUGGUCUUCAAACAAUUCCCCCACACACUCUAAAAUUGCAAUCAAGUGGAAAACCUGCCCUGUGAGUUUGUAUCACAUUUAAACGUGCCCACCCCCAGAUUUGUGCUGUUAUGUACUUUAUUCUUGGAAGGACAUAAUUUCUCCUGUAACAGUUUCUCCUGUAAGUAAAAGCCCUAAAAACAUAAUCCACUUUUCAUAUGACUGGCUUUUAAUGAUUAUCACUUCUGAGUCAAGGGGGUGGGAAAUGAAGUUUUA